AAGCGGCCGCGGGGCCCGGCGACGCGCAGGCGGGCGGACCAGGGCCGACGGGGGUGGCUGGCGCGCGCCCGGGGCCGCCGGCAUGACGGGCCGCGUGUGCCGCGGCUGCGGCGGCACGGACAUCGAGCUGGACGCGGCGCGCGGCGACGCCGUGUGCACCGGCUGCGGCUCGGUGCUCGAGGACAACAUCAUCGUGUCGGAGGUGCAGUUCGUGGAGAACAGCGGCGGCGGCUCGUCGGCCGUGGGCCAGUUCGUGUCUCUGGACGGUGCCGGCAAGACCCCGACCCUGGGUGGCGGCUUCCACGUGAACCUGGGGAAGGAGUCAAGAGCGCAGACCCUGCAGAACGGGCGGCGGCAGAUCCACCACCUGGGGAACCAGCUGCAGCUGAACCAGCACUGCCUGGACACGGCCUUCAACUUCUUCAAGAUGGCUGUGGGCAAGCACCUGACCCGCGGCCGCAGGAUGGCCCACGUGACCGCCGCCUGCCUCUACCUCGUGUGCCGCACCGAAGGCACACCGCACAUGCUCCUCGACCUCAGCGACCUGCUCCAGGUGAACGUGUAUGUGCUGGGGAAGACGUUCCUGCUGCUGGCAAGAGAGCUCUGCAUCAACGCGCCCGCGAUAGACCCGUGCCUGUACAUCCCACGCUUCGCCCACUUGCUGGAGUUCGGAGAGAAGACCCAUGAGGUGUCCAUGACGGCCCUGAGGCUCCUGCAGCGAAUGAAGAGGGAUUGGAUGCACACAGGCCGGCGCCCCUCUGGCCUCUGCGGGGCAGCACUUCUGGUUGCUGCCAGGAUGCAUGACUUCCGGAGAACCGUCAAAGAGGUCAUCAGUGUGGUCAAGGUGUGCGAGUCCACGCUGCGGAAGAGGCUCACAGAGUUUGAGGACACCCCCACCAGCCAGCUGACCGUGGAUGAGUUCAUGAAGAUGGACCUGGAGGAGGAGUGUGACCCCCCGUCAUACACGGCCGGGCAGCGGAAGCUGCGCUUGAAGCAGCUUGAACAAGUUCUGUCAAAAAAGCUGGAGGAAGUUGAAGGUGAAAUAUCCAGCUACCAGGACGCGAUUGAGCUGGAGCUGGAGAACAGCCGGCCCAAGGCCAAGGCCAGGGGGCCCCUGGCCGGCCUGACCCGGGAUGGCUCUGUCGAGGACACCACCUCCAGCUUCCUUGGCGAGGAGGAUGCCGAGGAUGUGGAGCUGGAGGCCGCUGCCAGCCACCUCAACAAGGACUUUUACCAGGAGCUCCUCGGGGGCAGCUCAGAUGCAGCAGGAAGCCCUGAGGGGGGCAGCAGGCCCCCCGCCCUGGAGUCCCUGCUCGGCCCUCUGCCCACAGCGGCCAGCCUGGGCAUCUCAGACUCCAUCCGCGAGUGCAUCUCCUCCCAGAACCGGGACCCCAAAGAUGCUUCCGGGGAUGGUGAGCUGGACCUCAGUGGCAUUGAUGACCUGGAGAUCGACAGAUACAUCCUGAGUGAGGCGGAGGCCCGUGUGAAGGCUGAGCUGUGGAUGCGGGAGAAUGCAGAGUACCUGCGGGAGCAGAAGGAGAAAGAAGCAAGAAUCGCCAAGGAGAAGGAGCUGGGCAUCUACAAGGAGCACAAGCCCAAGAAGUCCUGUAAGCGUCGGGAGCCACUCCCGGCACGCACAGCCGGGGAGGCCAUCGAGAGGAUGCUGGAGCAGAAGAAGAUCUCUAGCAAAAUCAACUACAGCGUGCUCCGCGGCCUCCACGGCGGGGCCCUGCAGGGGGACUCUUGCCCCGAGGAUAGGCCCAGCAGCGGCGCCAGGGUGCUGUCCCCCAGGAAAACACCCACUACCAGGGCCAGGGCCGACCCCGUGACUGGUGUGGGGAAAAGGUUGAGGCCGAUGAUGUCAACGCAGCUAGCUAAGAAGGCAGCCGUGGGAGAGGCCACGCUCCCGGGCGCCCCGGCCCUGGGCGCCCAGCCCGUCAGGCCUGCCGUGGUGGUGGAGAGCGGGCCCGUGUCGUACCAUCCCGAGGAGGACGCUGACGAGGAGGACGCCGACGAGGAGGACGGGGAGCCCUGUGUCAGUGCCCUGCGGAUGCUGGGCAGCAAUGAUUACGGCUGUGAUGGCGACGAUGACGACGGCUACUGAACUGCAGCCUGGUGGCCAGCGGCCUGGCAGCGGACUCUGCCUAGACUCGUGAGGCAUCAGGCGGGCCUUUGGGCUGAGACAUGGUGACAGACAGGCACUGCCCCUGGCCCCCACCCCGCUGCAGCCAUCAUCCGCUGCCAGAUGUGGCCUCCAUGGCCUUGCUGUCAGGACCAGGUUCUGUGCAACGUGAGGAGUGUUCUGGCCUGGCAAGGGGACAGCCUGGGUGUCGGCACGGCACCAUCAGAGAGACACUGUUUCCUGCCUAAGGAAACUGGCACGGGGCUGCCAAUGGCUUGUUGGAGGGCUGGGGGCUCCCAGGGCCCCACUCUUGGCCCCCGCUGGAUCUGGUGCCCUGUCCCCCUCUUCCCACUGAAGCUGAAAUACUGUCUGCAUCCGGCCUCCCGCUCAGCUGGUGCAGAGCUGGUCCUGGGCCUCCAGCCAGCUGGCCCAGGGUUUGGGUUAGUCUGGCCAUCUGCGACCAAUUGACUCUGCUGCACCUGCGCACGCAGCCACCCCAGUGACGCCCGUGUGGCCAGUCCCUGUGCACAGAGCCAGGGCCAAAGCUGGAGGUGGGCAGAGAACUGUGGGUGCUUCUGGCCUGAGCUGGGGUCCAGCCCAGCAUCCAUACAGGGUCGGCAGGCAGUGGACCCCUGAGCCCAGCUGCCCUGCUCUGGGUGGCUCCUGCCAUCCUGAAACAGCCCUGGGGCCUGGGCCUGGGCAUUGGGAGGCCCAUGGGCCACUGUCAGGGUCUUAGCUCGGGCAUCACUGCCCUGGACCUACCAAGGGCAACAGGCUCUGACCUUGGCCACCCCCACCGCCUGCCUCCCACGACAGCAGAGCCACGCCACACUAUCUUCCUGGGCCCAGCCUGUGGGCUCCCGGGGUGGGCUCCCCACCACCCCCAGAUUGCAGUGGAAUUUGCAGGCAGGGAGUUUCGGGCUGUUUGCCUCCACAAUCUGUAGCCAGCCUUGACCCUGGAGUUCCUGGGAGGCUUGGGAUGAGGGUCGUUUUAGUCAAAUGGAGAGAAAGAUCUGUUAGUGGAAACCCA